CGCAAAGUUGUUUCAAGUUGUAAAGUUGUGUUACGGUUACCAACAGUGCGAAUCCGAUUGAAAAGUUGAAUAAGGGCGUUGCGCGUAAAAGUUGACCACGCGUGAAUGCUAAAUUAAAAGUUGCAUAGUAAUCGAUAGUGUUGGUGUAACAGUAAGAUAGUAAGACUGUGUGUUCCCCCUUAAGAGGGUGAGGGGAAGGGUAAUUCGUACAAAAAAAGGAAAAUGGCGAACCUCGUAUGCGUAAAAGAUUAUGAAAAAUAUGGACAUAAUAAUUUACCGCCUUUCGUAAGAGAUUAUUAUAAAAGUGGUGCUGGCGAUGAAUGUAGCUUACGAUGGAAUAGAGAAGCUUUCAGAAGGUAUCGAAUAAAACCUAGAUGUCUUCGAGAUGUUUCGAAAAGAGAUCUAAGCACGACGAUAUUAGGGGAUAAAAUUUCUAUGCCAUUAGGGGUAGCACCAGCUGCCAUGCAACGCAUGGCUCACCCCGAUGGUGAAUGUGCUAAUGCUAAAGCUGCUGAAGCAGCAGGAACGAUUUUUAUACUCUCAACUAUAUCAACCAGCAGUAUCGAAGAAGUUGCAGAGGCAGCACCGAAAUGUAUCAAAUGGUUUCAGCUUUACGUUUACAAAGAUCGAAAUAUUACAUUGAAUUUAGUUAAAAGAGCCGAGAAUGCUGGAUUUAAAGCUCUCGUUCUUACCGUGGAUGCUCCAAUUUUUGGCAACAGACGCGCCGAUUUGAGAAACAAAUUUUCACUUCCUAAACAUUUAAGAUUAGCUAAUUUCGAAGGUGUUUUAUCGGAUAAAAUAACAACAUCUAAAACGGGAUCAGGUUUAAACGAGUAUGUUAACGAAUUAUUCGAUCCGUCACUUUCUUGGGAAGAUAUUACAUGGCUAAAAAACAAUACGAAAUUGCCGAUCGUAUUAAAGGGUAUUUUAACUGUCGAAGAUGCAAUUUUAGGAGUGAAAUAUGGAGCCUCUGCUAUUAUAGUUUCUAAUCACGGUGCACGUCAAAUUGAUAGCGUUCCUGCAACAAUUGAAGUCUUACCUGAGAUAGUGAAUGCGGUAAAGGAUAAAAUAGAAAUUUAUAUGGACGGAGGAAUUAUACAAGGAAUCGAUGUAUUUAAAGCUCUUGCUUUAGGCGCAAAGAUGGUAUUCAUGGGUAGACCGUUGUUAUGGGGUUUAUCUUAUGCCGGAGAAAAAGGUGCAUUAAAUAUUCUCGAGAUAAUGAGAACAGAAAUCGAUCAUACUUUCACUUUAACAGGUUGUACGACCGUAAAGGAUGUUACCAAAGAUAUGGUCGUUCACGAGUCAUAUUACAGUCACUUGUGAUAUUUGCCUUCCACACAUUAUAUCAUUAUUUGACGACAAUUUAUUAUACAUAGAUAAUAAUCGAAAACAUAUUAUGUUCGUUGUUUAUCUGCUUUGACAAUUUAUAUAAUAAUGAUAAUAAUAAAGUAAUAAUAAAAAUGAUAAACUAAAAAGAAUAUUAAAAAAUGAACAAGAAAUAUAAAAAUAAAUAUUUUCAAAAUAAACACGAACAUUAUAAUUGUAGUAUAGUUCGCGAUACUCGCAUGGUUGGCAUUUCAUUGAAUACAUAUAUAUAUAUAUAUUGUUUUUUAUUGUUAUUUUUAUAUGUAUUUAUUUAUUUUCACAUAUGUAUAUUAUAUGUAUACACAUGUGUGUCUGCACUGCAAUUCUUACAUCUCGUAUAUUUAUAUCCACCCACGCAUUUACACAUAUUACGCGUACACACACAUGCGUGUACGUAUGCCGAAGGAAAAAAUUCAUUCAAUAGUUUCCAUUUUUCUCGAAAAGGAUCAACCUUUAUGAUCGUUCGCGUUUUAUUAACGACAUUUACAACGACGGUACCGAUUAC